CCAGGUACCCACAUCGUACGAGCGCAACAUCACCAAACUUUGCCAGCUUCGUUCUCUAUCACGCGUGGUCGCGCCCUACCAACUCGAUCAGCCUUUCUCCACGUUCGGACCGGACGCAAUGCUUCAGUGUCGUGCGGUCGCACGUGCUGCGGCACUGAUACGUGGACGAGGUCCAGCAGCAAGUACGCAUGGCGACGUAGCCCGCGUCACACGAGCAAUUCCGCACCUUGCGGCAUCACUCCAUCCACGAUCGCGCCUUCUGGGCCUGGCUGUCCAGUCAAGUCGCCUGUUUGCCACGACGCGUUCGACCAGAGCUAAGAAGGCAAAGUCGACGUCAUCGCGAGUGGCUGGCUCGAAGAAGGCACCUGCAGCAAACAAAAAGAAGGCGGCACCCAAGAAGAAGGCAAAGAAGCCGGCACCCAGGAAGAGGAAGGUGCUAAGUGAGAAGGCCAAGGCAGCUGCGGAGAAGAAGAAGGCGCUGCUGGCAUUUAAGGAAUUGAAGGCAGCCGCGCUGGUGGAGCCCAAAGGGAAGCCUGACAGCGCGUGGACCGUGUAUGUGUCGGAAAAGCUUCAGGGGAAGACGGGCAACGUGAGAGAGGGCAUCAAGGCCGUUGCCGCCGAAUUCAAAAAUCUCUCCGCGUCGGAGAGGGAGCACUACAACCACGUCGCCAACCAGAACAAGGAAGCGAACCAAAAGGCUUACUCCACCUGGGUCAACUCUCACACGCCUCUCCAGAUCAUGAGCGCCAAUGCCGCCCGUCAGUCUCUCAAGCGCAAGAUCGCCCAGAACAAGGCGCCAAAGGUAGCGGCACGAUUCCUGUCCCCUAUCAAGGACGACCGCCAGGUGAAACGUCCACAGUCUGCGUUCUUCAAAUUCAAUCUUGCAAGGAGGGAGAGCGGUGACUUCCAGGGCAUCGCGCUGGGCGACGCCGCCAAGCUCAUCACCAAGGAGUGGAAAGAAUUGAGCAGCUCCGAGAAGAAGAAAUACGAGGAUCUCUACUUAGCCGAUAAGGAGCGUUACUUGCGCGAAUACGAGCGUACAUAUGGCAAACCACCUCCCUCAGUUGCUCAGGAAGCUUCUUAAACGAAUUGAGGCAGCAAGGCGCCAGGCUCCCACUCCUUCAGCUGAAACAGAAACACUGGUUACUUUAUCUGGACGGUCUAAUGGCAUUUAGACAUGCAUGAGACCGCUAAGCUGAUUAGACGGGAUAUGACCCCGUCUGGCGUGUGAUGCGUAUAUAAAUCGGCGCUAGCUCAACAUUAUCAUUUUUGCUUUCUGUAGGUACAAACUUUCGGGGGUUUUCCACACGUAGGCAUGUUUACCUUCGGGUGCUGAGUGUGAAGGAAAGACGGACCAGUGUGUACGAAAAUGCGAUUUCUCAAGGGUUUCGUCCUGUGUGAAUAUACUAUACCCAAACUUUGACUCUCAUGUAGCAAGGAAGACAAAGUUGGCGCUUCAUUGUGGUCAUUCUGAAUGUUCUCGUGGAGCUACUAGUUGCCUCUAAGAAUUGGUGUGUUUCUACCUCUUACCCAUGCUCCAGUGCAAUGACUCUAGCUAGAGCAGCUUAGCGCUUGCGUUUGUUCUGGUCCUCUACACAGAUGAAAAUUGCCAAAAAAAAAGCAAUCUUUCGAGAUGUACAUUCGCAUCUGGUCGCACAUAUUGGAUUAAGUGAG